AUGUACCGCGUCUGGCGUGCUCACAUGGGGGCCGUAGGGGUUUCAGCCGCCCAGUUCUUUCCUUUCUCAACAGGGGGGACAACACCACCCCCGUCAGGUGCACCCCCGGCACGGCUGGGGGUUAUCCAAUUCACAUCGCGAAACAUCAACGACGAAAUGUCGUCAAAAGUUCCUUUAUUCCUUUACUUUCACGUCCCAAACAAUCCGGAUGUUGUGGCAUAUACAGAGCGGCUCAGCGUGCAGGUUGAUGCAGCGAAUCGCCGCCUGCAAAGUAGCGGCAUUUCUGACAAGUACCAGGAGUUUGGCAAAGAUCGAGGCCUUGCUAUAAAAUUGGGGCUUGUCGACUGCCUCCGGGAAGUGGGAUUGACGGAAAAAUUUAGUGUCGACCCGCACAUGUUUCCCAUUGUGUACUUUGUCCGCAACAAGGUGUACGCUGACAAGAUGGUGGGGAUUGUCCCCGAGUCACAGGUAAAGGAGGCGAUUGAUGCGUUUAUUGACUACGCCGUGGAGGAGAGCAAAAAUGAGAUGAGCGGCACGUCCGUUUUUCAAAAGGUGAAGCGUAGCGACGAGGACGAUGAGAACGCCAUGACGUUGUUGAACGUCGCUCACACUCGAUUGAAAAAUAAAGAAAUCCCAAAGGCUCGUGAGCUCUUCAAAAAGGCAUAUGACAUGGCCAUGGCAGAGACGCAAUUGGCGCGUGAAAGGCUGGGGUUUUCAAGGGAAAGGAAGGUGACACAAGAGAUGUGGGAGCGUCUCAAGCGUGAGGGGUGCUAUAACGUGAGUCCACAGGCACUUUGCGGUCUUGCCAUGUGUGCGAUGGCCACGAAAGAAAACGCGGAGGCGCAACGCAUCGUGCAGCGGGUACGCGAGGAGUUUCCUUUUGCCACACGGGAUCUGCGUGAUGUGGCAGAGGCGGUGAAUCGCAUUGAGUUGCUGAUUAUUGCUGACUUUGACGUGGAAAAGGACAAUUAUGUGUCGCUGCUCACAUACGAUGACCUUACACACGACCCGGCUGCGUUGUAUCGCCAGCAUCUCAAGUUGGCCGUGGCACAUUUUGUAGAGAAACGCCACCACAAGGGCAUCGAAGAGUGUUUGCGACUCAUUCGCGCUGAACCAAAGUUACUGCCUGCGCUAAAGGAAGCAGGGGUGGUGCCGCAGGACCUUGUACUUGGCCCACACGCCAAGACGCCUGCAAGACAAGUCAUUCUCGGUAUAUUUGAAGCGCUUGGUAGCUCAAACGAGCAAACCAUCACGGGUCGACAAUUGUUACAGAGAUAUUUAUAA